AGUAAAACAAAAAAAAACGUAGAAAAUAUUGUGGUUUCUUUACAAUACAAAUUUGAUUUCUUUUUGGUAGCAGAGUAAGGAGCGCUAGCUUAGACAUCAAGAAAUCUUUCUGGUCUUGGUUCAGCCGGUAGCUGACAUUAUGUCCUUGGGCAGAUCACUUCAUCUCUCUUUUUGGGUCUUGGUAGCUUUAUUCAUUGACCCAGGAAGUUGAACUAACUGGUCUCCAAGGUCCAUUCCUGUUCUAAAAUGUGAUGAUUCUAUUUAUGAAUUUCUCUUUAAUAUGGCAUAGUUACUUCUGUGAUGUUUUGUGUACUUACACGAGUUUCCUUUAAUUUUAGAUAUGAUGAAUGGAUUAAAGCAGAUAAAAUAGUAAGACCUGCUGAUAAAAAUGUGCCAAAGAUAAAACAUCGGAAGAAAAUAAAGAAUAAAUUAGACAAAGAAAAAGACAAAGAUGAAAAAUACUCUCCUAAAAACUGUAAACUUCGGCGCUUGUCAAAACCACCUUUCCAGACAAAUCCAUCUCCUGAAAUGGUAUCCAAACUGGAUCUUACUGAUGCCAAAAACUCUGAUACAGCUCAUAUUAAAUCCAUAGAAAUUACUUCCAUCCUUAAUGGACUUCAAGGCUUACCAAAUAUACCUCUAGCUUUCAGGUGCAGGUCAAAGAAAAACGUUUCUGCUGGGAAAGUACUAGAUGAUGUGCUGCAACCCAUGGGAAUAAACCAAGAAGGAGGAAGAUGGGCAGUUCACUUAACAGUGGGUCUCUGUCAAGAGAAAACAGUGAAGGGAAUUCCUAGGAUGAUGGCUGUUAGAGCAGACCCAGAGAGCAACCACCUAGAUGGAGUAGAAAGUAGGCCUUUAGGACAGAGAGAUUUGGUGAAUAAGGGAACUGGAUGGAGUGCUUGA